AUGGCGUCCCGUGACGACUACUUGGUUGGAUGGAUUUGCGCGCUGCCCAUAGAGGUAGCAGCAGCUAAAGCGACACUUGAUCGCAUUCAUGACAACCUACCUUGGUAUCAGAAUUUGGACAACAACAAUAAUUAUAUUCUAGGGAGUCUCCAAAGUCACAAUGUCGUUGUUGCAUAUCCGAAGGUCGGCGUUUAUGGUAAGACAUCAGUAGCGGGCAUAGCUACACAGCUGCACGCGAGUUUCCCAUCUGUUCGGUUCAGACUGAUGGUUGGAAUUGCGGGAGGAGUGCCAGAAACGAAGGUGGAUAUUCGUCUUGGCGAUAUCGUUGUAAGCAGAUCGGCAGCUGGCUGGCCGGGUGUCGCCCAAUACGACGCGAACGGGAAGCGAGCGGAAGAUGAGUCUAUUCGCGGCAGAGUGUUAGCUCAGCCAACACCGUUACUUCUCACAGCUAUAGGCAAGGCCGAGACAGCCGCCAUUUUCGAUGAAAGUCAGAUGUCCCAGUACAUCUCCAAGAUCAUACGGAAAGACCCUGUCACCUUUGUCCAUCCAGGCUCCGUGCAAGACAUUCUCUUUGACCCGAAUUGUGAACAUACGAUCAUCACAUCCGAAGAAAACGGAUGCAAUCAUUGCAACCCGGAUAUGAUCCGACCCCGGCAACCACGUGAGAACCAUGACCCUAGAGUUCAUUAUGGACUGAUUGCGUCCAGUCAUCAUUGGAUGCGCGACGGAGCGAUUCGGGAUAAAUUGGCGCGUAAGCAAAACAUCCUCUGUUGGGAGACGGAGGCAGCUGGCCUGAAGGAUGUCGCCCAGUACUUAGUCAUACGAGGAAUUUGCGAUUAUGCAGAUUCACACAGUGGCGAGCUCUGGCACGCCUACGCCGCGGUAGCUGCUGCAGCAUACGCAAAAGAGGUUCUUUCCUUUAUUCCCGCAGUUCCCAAGGUGAUACCUCUUGCAACAAGUAGAUAUGUCGAGGCCAGGCCGGUGCUUGACGCUUUGCUCUUGACCAGACCCGAAGUUGACCGAAAAUCACUUAUUGCAUUGAAAGGGCGUAGAGUUGACGGCACCUGCGAAUGGCUUACGCAACACCCCAGCUAUCAAGAAUGGCUGGCAGACGCCGGUCAGCCACUCCUCUGGAUCUCAGGUGGUCCCGGAAAAGGAAAGACCAUGCUGGCAAUCUAUAUUACUGAAGUACUACAGCCAGUGAUUGACGCCGCCGGAAAUGUUCUCCUUUACUACUUCUGUAGUAAUCGUGAUAAGAACCGCAACAGCGCAUUGACCAUCAUGAGAGGCAUUAUACAUCAAUGGAUCAAUCUUUGUCCACAUCUGGCACAAUAUAUCAAGCACUCCUUUGAGGGAACCGAAACGACCAAAUAUACUCCACCUAUUUUGGAGAACAAACUCGGUCAAUAUCAGCGGAUCAAGUUAGAUGACUCCGAUACAGAGGUUUCGCAUGAUGUCCAGAGAUAUAUUUUCGCCAAAGUUGCUGAACUAGCAUCUGAGCAAAAUCUUUCUGAAGAAAAGGUUGCGCAUAUUCAACAGGCCUUGUUGGCUGGCGCUGAUAGUACCUUUCUAUGGGUUGGAUUCGUUGCCAAUGAGCUUCUAGGCAGGGACUGGGACAAAAUUAAUGAAAUUCUCGGUCGUGUCCCCAAAGGCCUUGGUGGGGUCUACCAGCGGCUGCUUCAGCAAAUUGACGACAAGGAAGCUUUGGUCCCUAUUUUUCAAUGGAUUGUUCUCGCUGCCCGACCCCUCACACAACUGAAGUGA